UUGAGAAGCACCAACGCAGGAGGAUGUGGUCUAUGUAUUGUUUCCCUCCACUGCUGGUGUGUCUCAGCUGAGGUUGAUUGGGAUGAUCUAGGAGACUGAUAACUGCAGAUAGAAGAUGAUGCCGAAGAUGGAGCAUAGCUCGUGCACGGAGGAUCGUAUCCAGCAUGUCCUAGAGCGCUGCCUCAGUGGCCUGGGUCUCGACACUCCUGACAAACAACUCUGGAACGCGGGGCUGUGCAUAAACCGCUGGUGUUUGGAGGAACUUGUGAAGAGAGAUACCCACAACUUCCUCAUCCUUCUGCAGAAAAUACUGAGGAAAACAAUGGAGGUGCUCGAGCAGUGUCGAUAUGAACUGGUGGUGCCCCUCUCUCUCCUGUUCUCUGCAGCCCUCCUGAAAACUCCUCAUGUGGCUCCAGACUGCGGCGUGCUGGAAGAGGCCUACCUGUUGUUCCAUAGCUUCCUGGCCUGGCCGGAGCCUUGCAGCUCUGCCAGUAAACGCCUGCUGAAUGUCAUCCAGAAGGAGCUCAGAGCACCAGGUAUAUCAUUUCAAAGGCUGGUCCGGACAGAGCAGGGUAUUUCCCCUGAGAUUCACUGCUCCAAAACCAUGACGGUGCUGCUGGUGAACCCAGAUGAGGACGUCCCUCCAGAGGUCCAGUCCGUCUCGGAGCAGCUGAACAGCACCAAGCACUCCAGCAGAGACGUCACCAUCAUCCUCAUCCUGCACUGCUUUCAGGCUGCUCUGGGCGCCAACCACGACCUGCGGGCGCUCCGCACUGCCCUGCAGACGAAGCAGCCUGAGAAGCUGGAGCAGCUCAUGGAAGCAGUGACUUUGCUUAUGGAGACGGCAGCCUCGACUGCAGAUCCCAGCACAGCUAGAGAAACUCUACUACACAGCAUGGAGAGGCUCAGAGACAGCCUUGCUGUUCCUGCUCCUAAUAAUGGCCGCACAGAUACUGGGGCCUUUGAGACUUUCCUGCCGCCUUUCCCCAAAUGUCACACACGCUCCUGGGAAAACGACAACUUUGAUGUUCUGAACGACAUUCUCUCCAGCGAGUCGGACCUGGACUUGCUUCCAGACUGUUUCCUUAAAAAAGAACUGUAUGAGGAUGAUAUCAAUGACACCAGUGUGGAUGAGGAAGACGAGGUGGAGGGAAACAAAGUGGACCCUGAGUUCCAGAACCACCGCAUCUCCACCGCAUCCUCGUCCUCGAGGGACUCCGGCCUCUCUCUCUCCUCCAGCUGGUCCGGGCCGUUCGGCUCAUCAGGCGUGGAAAGUGACUUCAGCGAGGACACAACGCACGAGGACACAGAGGGAGGACCGGAUAGCCAACCGAUACUCAGAAAGAAACCCAAAAAGAAGUCCAGCUCCAUCUUAGGCAUCGAGCGCUUCUCCAUGCUUUUCAAGGCAUCUCGCAGCCCGAACGUUUGCCGCCGGGCCCAGAGUAUGGGCCACCGUGCGGAUUUUACAAAAGAGGUUCAAAGAACUGGUCCGCAGCUCAAACACCCCAGGUCCCUGUCCAGACAAGUCCACAAUCCGCAUGCGUACGCCGCUACCCACGAUCCUCUCUCCCCCCGGAAGCACAUGUGUGUCCGCAGGAGGCCGAUCCUGAGCUACGACGAAGGAGACGUUGCGGAGGUGCCCACGCUGGUCAAAGUGGUGGUGUUCGGAGGGGACAAAGAAGCUGGCAGGCUGGCCAGGGCGUACAGCGACCUGCAGCAGAAAGAGAGUAAAUGUCCCCGACUCACCAAGACAUGCAAACUGCAGUUUUACUUUGUUCCCACCAAGAGGAGAACUACAGGAAGCACAGGAGGAGGACAAACAUCAGCCGAAGGGCAGAACGGAAGUUCAACCAGAGCCUCUGUGGAAUCUAACGGCAGCGUGCUGGAGGACAGUACCACUGAUAUAGCCCAGAUGUUGGGCAUGAUGGACCCCUGGUACGAGCGGAACGUCCUCAGUCUGCUCAGCCUGUCCUCUGACGUCCUUUGUCAGACUGCCUGUAAGGACGGCGAUGAGUCAGUGAGCAGCGUGGACACUCUUACCCUGUUUGCUGACCUGGUACUUUAUUACUGUCGACAUGCAGACCAGCCUGUUCUGGUGCAGCUCUACCAGGCUGAGUUGACACUGGCUGGAGGAGAAAAGAAAAGGGAAGUGUUUAUUCACUCUCUGGAGCUCGGCCACACUGCUGGAACCAGAGCUGUUAAGGCCAUGGGUUCUGCCAGCAAAAGGUUUGGGAUUGAGGAAGAACGGGAAGCCGUCCCUUUAAAACUCAGUGUUGCCUACAACAAGGUGGCUGUUAGCGGGAGGAGUCAGUGGAUCCAGACGGAGGUGGAUUGCACAUCGAUAAAUCUUUACAAAGCCUGCCGGAAACCGGAGCAACUAGAUACAAGAAUAGAAAGUCUACAGCUGACAAUGACAGAAGUCCUGAAGAGGCAGAGCUCCAAGUCUAAAAAAGGCUACAACCAGCACAUCUCCAUGUCCGAGGCGAAGGUGGAUAAGGUGCAGGUGGUAGGUGGAGAAGAUGGGACAACCUUUGCUGUGUGUCUAGAUCAGGAUGAGAAGAAGUUCAUCCAAAGUGUCACAAGGUGUGAGGUGUCUCUGUGCUGUAAACCAGGAAGCAGUUCAGACUGGAGGUCCUACAAGCCCUCACCCGGCCAAGUCCAGCCUCUGCACCCGUCCUACUGCUCCCUGCUCUGCCUCCCCAUCACCUCUUUCUCUGCCUCACAUCCCUGACACUUUGAACCACACUGGACCAAACCAGGGAUGUUGCAACCAAAGCAAUGCUGACGCAGAAUCUACAUACUGAAUGGAUAAUGAACAUGGGGCACGAACAAACCGUACUAAUAAGGUUGACAUGUAUUUUCCGACAUACAUGUAUAUAUAAAUAUGUCAGGUUAUUCUGUAGCUGAUGUCAAGGUGUGCCACUUUGUGAUUAGAUGGAGGGGUGUGUGACUGUUUAGAGCAGUGGUUCUUAACCUGGGUUCGAUCGAGCGCCCCGUUCGGUGUGAACGCAGCAUAACGGUACGGUGGCUUGGGUAGCCCAAAAAGCACGGAGAAAGCUAAAACUUAUGCUGCGUUCACACCGAACGGGGGCGCUCGGUGUGAACGCACCUUAAGGAAUAGACGGUCAUUAAUUUUUAAAGCGGCGGCUCACUUGAUCGACUACGGAAAAUAUUAUGAACCCAGACACGGGGGCGUUUGAUUGUCCGACGUUUGAGGGACUUCCACAACAAGUAUAAAGCAGAACUAGUGGUUAGUUCAAUGGUGGAUGGCGGGAGAUAAGCCCCGCCCCCUUUCAGGCGCGAAUGCCGCGAAUUACCCACAUACAUUUUCAAGCGGCAGCUCACUUGACCGCAGUAAGACACACGCAGUAUAGCCAUUUGUGAUUUUCAAUCCCUUCAUACUAACAUGUCGAGCAAAAAAGAAAGUGGUUGGACGAAUACGUACAAUAUGGAUUCACAUGUAAAGAGGAACGUGAUGGGAGUCAGCGUCCUCAAUGCAUGAUUUGCAAUGCCAAGUUGAGCAAUUCUAGUCUAGCACCGGCAAAACUAAAGGAACACUUCCUAAAGCUGCAUGAUGGGAAAUACAAGAACACAACGCUCGCUGAAUUCAAGGUGAAGAGAGCCAGAUUCGAUGAAAAGGCUACUCUGCCUGUUCUCGGCUUCGUACCCAUCGACAAACCGAUCCUCACAGCAUCGUAUGAAGUUGCGUACCUGAUCGCAAAGCAGGGCAAACCACACACCAUUGGUGAAACACUCGUGAAACCAGCUGCGUUGAAGAUGGCGAAUAUCAUGCUGGGAAAAGCUGCUGAAGAUAAGUUAUCCCAAAUUCCUCUUUCAAAUGACACGAUCAGCAGCAGAAUAGACGACAUGAGCAAUGACAUCUUGGCUCAAGUAGUUGCAGAUCUGAUUUCAAGCCCAGCAAAAUUCAGCCUCCAACUCGAUGAGACCACCGACGUUUCCAAUCUCAGCCAGCUUGUUGUAUUUGUGCGCUAUAUGAAAGACGACGAGAUAAAGGAAGAUUUUUUAUUUUGUAAGCCUCUUACAACAACAACCAAGGCAGUCGAUGUGAAGAAACUCGUGGAUGACUUCUUCAGAGACAACAAUCUUUCGUGGAAUAUGGUUUCUGCAGUUUGUUC